CCCUCUCUGAGAAACACCCCUCCGCCUAGGCCUUCACCUGGAGCUUUUUCAGGCUCCAGGUUUGCCUGCCAACCACGAGGAGUCCUGGAAGGAAAAGCGGAGCAUAAGCGCCGAUAACCCACGCCUCUCAACGCCUUUCCCAGCCCGAGAUCGCCCAGGCAGGGAUGGGCGAUACGACCUGGCUACCCUUCCCCGUGGUCCUCUUGGCCGCUCUGCUGCUGCCUAGGGCGGCCGGCUUCACUCCCUCGUUAGACAGCGACUUCACGUUCACACUUCCGGCGGGCCAGAAGGAGUGUUUCUACCAGCCCAUGCCCCUGAAGGCCUCGCUGGAGAUCGAGUACCAAGUUUUAGAUGGAGCAGGAUUAGAUAUUGAUUUCCAUCUUGCUUCUCCAGAAGGAAAAACCUUAGUUUUUGAACAAAGAAAAUCAGAUGGAGUUCACACGAUAGAGACUGAAGUUGGUGAUUACAUGUUCUGCUUUGACAAUACAUUCAGCACCAUUUCUGAGAAGGUGAUUUUCUUUGAAUUAAUCCUGGAUAAUAUGGGAGAACAGGAGCAAGAACAAGAGGACUGGAAGAAAUACAUUACUGGCACAGAUAUGCUGGAUAUGAAACUGGAGGACAUUCUGAUGUGCAACUCAGACUGCAUCUCGGAGUCUAUCAACAGCAUCAAGUCCAGACUAAGCAAAAGUGGUCACAUCCAAACUCUGCUUAGAGCAUUUGAAGCACGUGACCGAAACAUACAAGAAAGCAACUUUGAUAGAGUCAAUUUCUGGUCUAUGGUUAAUUUAGUGGUAAUGGUUGUAGUGUCAGCCAUUCAAGUGUAUAUGCUAAAAAGUCUAUUUGAAGAUAAGAGGAAAAGUAGAACUUAAAAUUCCAGAGUACUUAACAUUCACAAAA